UCUUGGGUUUGGGUUACUGUUGCUGCACGAUCCAGCAAUCUCGCUGGUUUCGGAGCACGUCGGGAAAAAUAUAUACAUAAAACUUCAUAUAUAUACAUAUAAAUACAUUACAUAUUUAUUAUAUCCAUACACCAGCUGCUUAUCCGGUCAAUUUUAGUUUUUUUAAAUAAUUAAUUAAAGUAAUAAUCAAUGUGUUAAAUUAAUCCGAUAAAUAUUUAUUCAGCACUCGUAGAUUUAAAGUUAUCUAAGAAAAAAAAAAUUAUUUAUCAGUAAUCAAUCGCAAAUAAUAAUAAGUAUAAACAAAUAAUAUUUUUUAUAUUAAUAAACAAAAUAUAUAUUUAUUAAAAAAUUUUUACUGAUACAUUGAACGAUCUCACUUCGCCUCUUUCGGAUAAUCCUCGCACCUGCCGUCUUCAUUUUUAUAUAUAAUAUAUAGUACCGUAGCUGCCAAAAAUCUAAAAGUGAGUUUUGCCUUAAGAAAAUCUGGACUCUAAUUAAAUUUAAUUAAUUUAGCAAGACCACGGGUCCUAUGAUACAGUGAUGUCAGAACCCUCAUCCUCAUUGUCUACAUCCUCGUCACCGUCCACGUCAUUGUCAUCGUCAAAAGUUAUUGAAGGCGACAAACCAAGUGGGAGUAGUCCAAGUCCUGUUGAAGGUAUUCCUGGUCCUAGUAAUGUUGAAAUUGCAAGCUGUCUAUUAUCAAAAGCUGAUUCAGAAGAAUUCUAUGAGGCUGAGGAGGCUGGAGAGGAUGAGAGCAGUGAAGAAGAAAGUGAAAUCAGCGACAAUGGAUUGUUCUGUGAUGCGGAUUGUGAAGAUGAGGUAGCAGUAGAUGAGGAUGAAUUAGUGACAAAUACUGAUACUGAUCCAGAUGUACAGAAAUCGAUAAAUAAUCUUCCUACCCCAGAUGUUAUGUACAGACUUGUACCUAUAACUGACACUGCCGUUGAACCUCAUCCUUCUGAUGACGUAUCUAAAUGUAUACCAUUGAAACUUUUUCAGCCGGUCAGAAAAAGAAAAAGUGAAACGCAAUUUAUUAGUUUGCCAUGUAAAAAAAUUAAUCCAGAGGAUAAGACUAACAAUAUUAUGAUAACUAAGAAACUAGAUGAUAAAGGAAAACAUGUGAGAUUUGUUAUUCCAACGAGAGCUAAUCCACCACCGGAAAUGAGCAGCUGGUUACUUCAGUUUCAAAAAUGGACAAAUGCUGAAAGAAUGUUAGCAAUUGAUGAAUUAAUAGAGCGCUGUGAGCCAACGCAAGUCCGACACAUGAUGCAAGUCAUCGAGCCACAAUUUCAACGGGAUUUUAUAUCACUGUUACCAAAAGAACUGGCACUGUCUGUUCUAGCAUUUUUAGAUCCCCAUGAUUUGUUACGCGCCGCUCAGACAUGCAGAAACUGGCGAUUUCUUGCCGACGACAAUUUGCUCUGGAAAGAAAAAUGCCGAUCUGUGGGUAUUGAUGAUCUUAGAGAUGUAUCAUUUACAAAACGUAAAAGCAAUCGUAGUAAUGGCAUUUGUAGUUCUCCUUGGAAACAAGCUUACAUGCGUCAAUAUAGUAUUAAAAUGAACUGGAGAACUAAACCAAUAAGACCGCCAAAGGUUCUUAAAGGGCAUGAUGAUCAUGUUAUUACAUGUCUACAAUUUUCUGGUAAUCGUAUAGUUAGUGGGUCUGAUGAUAACACUCUUAAAGUUUGGUCAGCAGUUACAGGAAAGUGCCUAAGGACACUAGUGGGUCAUACAGGAGGUGUUUGGUCCUCACAAAUGUCUGGUACAACAGUGAUAAGCGGUAGUACGGACCGUACAUUAAAAGUAUGGAACGCAGAUACGGGUCAGUGCAUUCAUACCCUGUAUGGUCAUACGUCAACAGUUAGAUGUAUGCACCUUCAUGGUAACAAAGUCGUAAGCGGUAGCAGAGAUGCGACACUGAGGGUGUGGCAAGUUGACACAGGCGAGUGUUUACACGUUCUCGUUGGACACUUGGCUGCUGUAAGAUGCGUGCAAUAUGAUGGUAAAUUAGUCGUCAGCGGUGCUUACGAUUACUUGGUUAAAGUAUGGAAUCCUGAACGUGAGGAAUGUCUGCACACACUUCAGGGUCACACUAAUCGUGUUUAUUCACUUCAGUUUGAUGGAAUUCAUGUUGUAAGUGGAUCAUUGGACACGAGUAUAAGAGUAUGGGAAGUUGAAACUGGAGCGUGUCGUCACACAUUAAUAGGCCACCAAUCGCUUACAUCGGGCAUGGAAUUACGUAAUAAUAUUUUAGUGUCUGGUAAUGCUGAUUCAACAGUUAAAGUCUGGGAUAUUGUAAACGGUCAUUGUUUGCAAACAUUAUCUGGGCCUAAUAAGCAUCAAUCGGCCGUUACUUGCCUUCAGUUUAAUAGUCAUUUUGUUAUAACGUCUUCGGACGAUGGUACUGUGAAAUUGUGGGAUGUUAAGACUGGUGAUUUUAUAAGGAAUCUCGUGGCUUUAGAAAGCGGUGGAAGUGGUGGAGUCGUAUGGAGAAUUCGUGCGAGUGAUACAAAGCUUGUUUGCGCUGUUGGAAGUCGUAAUGGUACCGAAGAAACAAAGCUUCUUGUCCUCGAUUUCGAUGUUGAGGCUAAAUAAUUACCUCAUUGUCCGUCGAACCACCUCGUGCCUCGGCUCGUCACGGUAUUUAAAGAAAAAAUAAUUAAAAUAAAUAUUAAAAUAAUAAUAUUGAUAAUAACAAUGAUAAUGGUAAUGAUAAUAAUCAUAAUGAUCAAUUGAUCAUGCAUACUAAUAAUAAUGAUGAUGAUGAUGAUGAUGAUGAAGAAGAUUAAUAAUACUUCUGUAUAUAAAGUUGCGCAACACAAAAAAAUAAAAUAAAAACAUAACAAUCUGUACAAUGUAUCGUAUUAUUAAAUAUGGUCUGAUUGUGAUAAGACUGCAUGUUAAUUUUUUAAAAAAUGAAAUAUGUGAACAAUCGUAAUAACUAUAUUGAUUACAAUAAGAUCAUUUUUUCGGAAAAUAAUAAAUAAGAAUUGUGUAAAGGCUUUAAAAGAAUGAGUGUGUUAGCAUGAGUUCUCUAGCAGACAUCAGACAAAUUUAAAAUUAAUUAUAGAGUAAAUAACAGAUAAAAUAAAAUUUGAAAAAAAUGCGCAUUUAAAAAAUUUGAAAAUUA